GUAUAAAAUGGUCAUUUGGGGCACCUCUUACAAAAUCUACCAAUCUUCAGACACAUUCAAAGCUGUUCUUCAACGUCUCUCUUCAACUGUAAGCAACAAACAUUUUAAAUUUUAAUUAUUUUCUCCAUUUCUAGUUCUAUACAUACAUAAUCUCUUGGUUUUAUUUCUUGUUCUAUAUAGUGAUUAAGCAUAAUUUAUAUACUCUCUGGUUCUAUUCAUUUUUCAAGGCCAGCAGAGGUAGUUGAGUUUGUAUAGCAAUAACCCUGUGUAGAUAUAUUGUUAAAAGUUGCGUCUUUACUUCAGUUUUUCCUUUAUACAUAUCAAGAAUGAGCACUAGCAGUUGUAUUGGAAUCUCAACCAUGAAACCCUGCUGUGGAAUCGUAAUUGGAUACAAAAGUUCUUCCCUUUUUGGGUUUUCUGUCCCAAAGUUAAAUAAUCCUGUCAUCCAUAACAAUUUGUCGAAAUCACUAUCCAAAUCAGCCCAUCACCGUAGAUUCCACUGCCAUAGUGUCAAUAAUAGGUCCAGAAUCAUAGGUAACAAGUCUGUGGUUAAUUUGAAUCGUAGAGCUUUUAAUGUCUCCGAUUCGAGCUGGGGUCAAUCCAAGGUUUUUACAUCUCAUGUAGAUAUGGAUCAUAUAAGGGGUGUUUUAGUAAUUCCCAAGGUAUCGUCUGAUAUUAGGAACCAUUCGAUAUCAGUAGAGUCUCACAUUAAUGAGAAGGGAUUUGAGAACAUUUACAUUCAAGGAGGCUUGAAUGUGAAUCCUCUAAUGAUACAAAAAAUUGAAACAGGAAAUGAUGUAGUCAAAGAAGAACAUAAGUCUAGUAGGAUAGAGAUUAAUGGGACAAAUGUGAACAUAGACUAUUUGAAGGGUUUGAAUGAGACAGCUUCUAAGGUUGAGAGAGAGGUGUCUGAGAUUGAAAAGGAGGCCUGGAAGUUUCUUCAAGGUGCUAUUGUGAAUUAUUGUGGGAAUCCAGUGGGCACUGUUGCUGCAAAUGAUCCUGCUGAUAAGCAACCACUAAACUACGAUCAAGUAUUUAUUCGUGAUUUUGUUCCAUCUGCACUCGCUUUUUUGCUUAAUGGAGAUGCGGAGAUCGUGAAGAACUUUCUUCUUUACACAUUACAGUUGCAGAGUUGGGAGAAGACAGUGGACUGUUACAGUCCAGGGCAAGGGCUGAUGCCAGCAAGUUUUAAAGUUAGAACUGCACCCCUUGAUGGAAGUGAUGGAGCAUUUGAAGAAGUUUUGGAUCCUGACUUCGGCGAAUCAGCCAUUGGUCGUGUAGCCCCUGUUGAUUCUGGGUUGUGGUGGAUAAUACUGUUGCGAGCUUAUGGAAGGAUCACAAGUGACUAUGCUUUGCAAGAGAGAAUUGAUGUCCAGACAGGCAUAAGGCUCAUACUUAAUCUAUGUCUGUCUGAUGGAUUUGACAUGUUCCCCACUCUGUUAGUCACUGAUGGUUCCUGCAUGAUUGAUAGACGGAUGGGCAUUCAUGGACAUCCUCUUGAAAUCCAAGCCUUAUUCUAUGCGGCUCUGCGUUGUGCCCGUGAGAUGCUGAUUGUCAAUGAUGGAACCAAGAAUUUGGUAGCUGCUGUCAAUAACCGACUUAGUGCACUCUCCUUUCAUAUCAGAGAGUAUUAUUGGGUGGACAUGAAGAAGAUUAAUGAGAUCUAUCGUUACAAGACAGAGGAAUACUCAACAGAUGCAGUGAACAAAUUCAAUAUAUAUCCAGAUCAAAUUCCUUCAUGGCUAGUGGAUUGGAUUCCUGAAGAAGGUGGCUACCUUAUUGGCAAUCUACAACCUGCUCAUAUGGAUUUUAGGUUUUUCACUCUUGGGAAUCUUUGGGCUAUUAUUUCCUCUUUGGGAACCAUAAAACAGAAUGAGGGUAUCCUGAAUUUGAUCGAGUCUAAAUGGGAUGAUCUUGUGGCUCAUAUGCCUCUUAAAAUUUGUUACCCUGCUUUGGAAUAUGAAGAAUGGCAUAUAAUUACUGGCAGUGACCCAAAGAAUACCCCAUGGUCUUAUCACAAUGGAGGAUCUUGGCCAACCCUUCUAUGGCAGUUCACAUUGGCAUGUGUAAAAAUGGGGAGACCUGAAUUAGCUCAGAGGGCAGUUGAUUUGGCUGAGAAGAGGUUGUCCUUGGAUCAGUGGCCUGAAUACUACGACACACGUAGUGGAAGGUUUAUAGGCAAACAAUCGCGGCUUUUUCAGACAUGGACAAUUGCUGGUUUCCUGACAUCAAAGAAGCUUUUGGAGAACCCAGAGAAAGCGUCAUUGUUGUUCUGGGAUGAGGACUAUGAUCUUCUCGAGACUUGUGUCUGUGCACUUAGCAAAACCAGUCGGAAGAAGUGUUCACGCAUUGCUUCAAGAUCCCAGAAUCGAGCCUGAAUAAAAUCUUUUUUUCCUACUGCUGCCUUAACUAUCUAUUUGACUAUAGGAAGCAUGGGAAAACAAGAAAAGCAAAAUAAGAACACUCAUAUACUGGAAAAAUAUUCAGAGGUGACUUCAUUUGAUAAAGGAACAACUUAUUACACUUGGGUUUUGGCAAUGGCCAGUUACUUCUAACAGCAAAACUUCACUUUGAAGCGUAAUUAUAUGUACCAUUCAUUGAGGGACAUGACUGAUUUCAAUUAGUGGCUCUGUUUUUUGAGAGCCUCUAACGUAUUGUAUGGACAUGGAUAAAUUUUAUGAUGAAUUCAAGAAUUUAAUACAUUUUCUUCAA